GUGGCCCGGCCCGGAGCAGCUGCGCGCCCCGCCCCACGAGCUCCUCCCCGCCGCCGCGGCCCCCCGGCUGCUGCCCGAUGCGCUGCGCCGGGAGCCGGGAGCCGGGAGCCUGGCCGCGUCGCCGCCGCUGCAAGGCCGCCUGGGCCGGGUGACGCCACCGGCUGCAUGGAGCCCCCGGAGGGCGCCAGCCCGGGAGAAAUAGUUAAGGAGGUAGAGGUGCCACGGGCUGCCCUGGAUACCCCAGCCCCCGGGACAGGGGACAGCUGCCACUUGCCUGUGGCCCAGGAGGAGGAGGAGGAGGUGGGAAUCCCAAUUCCGGCACCAGGGCUCCUGCAGGUCACGGAAAGGAGGCAGCCCCUCAGCAGCGUGUCCUCCCUGGAGGUGCACUUUGACCUCCUGGACCUCACUGAGCUGACCGACAUGUCCGACCAGGAGCUGGCCGAGGUCUUCGCUGACUCCGACGAGGAGAAUCUGGCCGAGAACCUGGCCGGUGACUCCCCAGCAGGCCUGCACCCGCUGCCCCGGGCCGGCUGCCUGAGAUCCCCAUCUUGGGCGAGGACCAGGGCCGAGCAGAACCGCGAGAAGCAGCCCCUUGGCGACCCUGAGCGGCAGCCAGCGACUGUGGACACGUUCCUCACGGUGGAGAGGCCCCAGGAGGACUAGGCCAGCCGGCCCAGAGCCCAGGCGGGGGAGUGCGAGGCCGUGACUCUGUGGACACUCUGCCCACUCCCUGUGGCUCUGGGUCGGGGCCUCAGGCAUCUCACACAAGCACAGCCCAGUGGCCUUACGUCCAGUUCCUUCCUGGUCCCUGGAUCAGGGUUGACAAUGCCCAGGGAUGAGACGGGAGUGGCCUGGGCCUUCUGGAAACUUCUGUCUGCAGGACUGGUGCUCAUCUGUCACAAGAUUCCCAUGUGGAUACCGGGUGACAGGGGACCUGAGCAAUGACAAGCGCUCUGCAAACCCCCUGGGGUCCAGCCAAGUAAAUGGUGGAGUCGGUCCUGAAAAUUGCCACCUGGAUGUCCAUUCUGUCCCCUCCUACCACCCAGCACUGACCCAGGCCCUGAGACCCUGCCUGUCCUGGUCCCUGCAAGACAUCUGGGCCAACCCUCCUUAGCUCGGAGUUCCAACACUGCAUGCCAGUCUCCAACCCACGGGGUCACCUCCUGCCCAUCCCCGCCUGCAUCACCAGCUGGCAUCCUGGCCCGAGGCAGUUGGGGAUGUAGGGGCGACCUAGGCACAGCCCCGGCCCCCAAUUCUGGGGCACCAGGCUCAGCUGCUCUGAAUGCUGCUUUCUAUGUGCUAAGAAACAGAAUGGGCUUCCAGCCUGCCCGAGGCCUGAGACUGGGUUCACAAUAAACGCGUGAGCCUGC